AUGGAUCAACUCGAAUAUUCUCGAAUUAUCGGCAGUCUUAUGUAUGUAAUGUACUGCACAAGGCCAGAUAUAGCCUUUGCAGUGGGUACUUUGAGUAAGUACACAAGCAAUCCAGGAAAGGAGCAUUGGAAUGCUUUGCUGAGAAUCCUAAAGCACUUAAAAGGUACUAUGGAUUAUGGAUUGCACUAUGGCAAAUUUCCAGCUGUAAUCGAAGGGUACAGCAAUGCUACAUGGAACUCUGACAGAGAAGACUCAUUAUCUGUGACUGCCUGGAUCUUCACAUUGGGUGGAACAACGAUUUCAUGGAAAUCAAAGAGGCAAACAUGUAUAACUUAUUCCUCUAUGGAAUCGGAGUUUAUAACACUUUCCUCUGCCGGAGAAGAAGCUGAAUGGUUGAAAAGCAUAUUGGAAGAUAUCCCGAUAUGGAACAAGCCAAUACCACCCUUGACAAUAUAUUGUGACAAAUAG